CUGCCUGGCGACGGGGACAAAAUGGCGGCGGGUCCGCGUCAUGAAGCUGUUAAUUCUCCCGCGGCCGGUCAGUGUCCGGGACUCGGCCAGACCCCCGGGGCCGGUCAGUGUCCGGGACUCGGCCAGAUCCCCGCGGCCGGUCAGUACAUGACGCCUGUCCUCCUGGGGCUUGCUGUUCUCUUGCUGAGCCGGUACCUCCUGAAGCGCAGGGUCCGGCAGCGGUGCAAGCUCCCUCCUGGACCAACCUGCUGGCCGCUGAUCGGCUUGCUGCUCUCUUUGGCUCGGAGACAGGGCUCCCGGAGCCAGCUCCCACCGCAUCUGUACCUCACCGCCCUCGGCAAGACCUAUGGAGAAAUUUGCAGACUGUACCUGGGCAGACGGCUCAUGAUAAUCCUCAAUGGCUUCCAAAUGGUCAGAGAUGCACUGCAGCAUAACGCCGAGGUCUUCUCCGAUAGACCCACCAUCCCUCUAAUCACCAUCAUAACCAAGCGUAAAGGAAUAGUUUUUGCUCCAUAUGGCUUGGUCUGGAAGCAACAAAGAAAAUUUUCCCUCUCGACCCUGAGACACUUUGGUUUUGGGAAACUUGAUCUGGAGCCAAAAAUCAUAGAGGAACUGCAGUUUGUGAAGUCAGAGUUUUCCAAUGCUAUUGGGACAGCCUUCUCUCCUUCUCAUGUCAUUCACAACGCUGUGUCUAACAUCAUUUGCUCAAUGUGCUUUGGGAAACGGUUUGACUAUGAUGAUGAAGAGUUUAGAACCAUGCUGAAUCUAAUUGUCCGAGGAAUGAAAUUAGCAUCAAACAGCUCAGCAAUGCUCAUCAAUGUAAUUCCUUUACUUCAGUAUUUACCUUUGGGAUCCUUCAAAGAGGUUGCCCAAACAGUAAAAGAUGUAACUGCGUUCCUGAAAGACAUCAUCGAUCAGCACCGAAAGACUAUGGACCCUGAAAACCCACGUGAUUUUGUUGAUUUUUAUCUGAAAGAAAUUGACUAUCAUAGACAUAAAAAGCAAAAUACAAGCUUCAAUGAAGAUUAUUUAUUUUACAUAAUUGGGGAUCUCUUUGUAGCAGGGACAGACACGACAUCCAACACACUGUUGUGGGCUAUUCUGUUUAUGGCUGUUCAUCCAGAAAUUCAAGAAAGAGUUCACAAAGAGAUCAGCGCAGUUAUAGGCGAGUCAAGACCUCCUUCCCUCAAAGACAAACUUCAUAUGCCUUUCACAGAAGCAACGAUAAUGGAAAUUCAGCGCAUGACUACGGUGGUCCCACUUGCCAUUCCACAUAUGGCAUCAGAAACUGUUGACUUUAAAGAUUAUACUAUACCCAAAGGAAGCAUGGUGGUUGCAAAUCUGUGGUCUGUGCAUAGAGAUCCAAGCAUGUGGGAACAUCCUGAUGAAUUUAAUCCUUCUCGCUUCUUGAGUGCAGAUGGAAAUAUUGUGAAAAAUGAAGCAUUUAUGCCAUUUGGAAUAGGCAAACGGAUCUGUAUGGGAGAGCAGAUGGCAAAGAUGGAACUGUUCCUGAUCUUCAGUACUCUCCUACAAUCAUUCUGCUUCAAACUUCCUGAAGGCACUGAUGCACCAAACAUGGCUGGCCAGUUUGGUCUAACAUUAUCUCCACAUCCUUUUAAAAUCAUUUCUGUCAUGCGAUAAACAACUGGGUGAAACAAGUCAUGGUCUUCAUAGAAGUUGCAAUAUAAACUAAAGAAGACCCUCUCUCUUAACUGUCUCUUUGUAUUAUGGUCAUUGGAACUCACUGACAGUUCAAUGUUGACAGUUUGGUUGCAUAAGAUGCCAGUUUCUAGCUUAAUAUCUUUAUUUGUGGUGUUGUAUGGCGUUAAUGGCAUUAUAUUGCUGCUUCCUCUAACAGAACAGUUAGAGUCAACUCCAAACCACAUUCAAUCUCACUCCAUGUUUAUAUGUUUUUGAUCCUCUACAGAAUAUGGUCCAAUACUUGAACAUGUAUAAUUUUUUUGCCACCUUGGUUCUGAUAUUUUGACUUAAAGCAUUCAUGAUUAUUUUAUUUUGUGCUUCACCCUUAA